AUGAAGACCUUUCGCGGAGUUCUAUAUAUAGUAACAGCUGUCUUCAUUAUUGGUGUUGUUUACUAUCUUGGUCUUGACGGCACUACAAUAAUAUCGUCUCCAAGAUCACGAUAUAAAGAAAUCUCCAACUGGAUUCUACAGAGAGAAGGUGCACCUGGAAACAGUACUAUUUCAUACAUAAAAACAAAUGGUAUUGAAACGUACUUGUUGUCAGCCGUCGUCAGACCUAGGACAGAUCAAACUUUUCAAAUUAUACUCAAUUCUUUAGACUUUACUAAAGGAAGAGGUGACUUUUUAUGUUGUUUGAUUUCUGAAACAUCUUUGAUUACUAUACCAGCGAAUUUUCAAUUUAUAUAUCGCCAUUUGAAAUUCAUGCCCGCUAUCACUCAGACGUUUUACCCUGCCCCUUAUGACGCCACUCAAUAUUCCUGUGACGUCUCUAAAACUGAUUUAGGAAACCCAGUGACGAAGGCUACCCUGGCAUUAAGAAGUAGCUGCAGCAAUGAGAAUAAAGAUUAUCUCUCGGUUGUGUACCCAAAACGUGUUUCUAAUGGUUUAGCCAUAUGUGCUAAGGUUAUCUGUGGAGAAGAAAUUGGACCAGCUCGACUUACUGAGUGGUUUGAAAUUCAAAAACUAUUAGGAGUGGAUAAGAUAGUGUUAUAUGACUAUAAAUGUCCGCUGUCAAUUCAAACUAUAUUCCAGUAUUAUGUAGCAGAAGGAAUUUUAGAUGUGGUACCGUUUUCAUUGCCAGGUAAUCCAGAACGUGGAUACACAGCAAACAAUCGAGUGUAUCCCCAGUUUUAUCAUGAUGAAGAGAUCACUGUAAUGGACUGUCACGAGAGACUAUCGGGGUACCAAUAUAUUCUAGUUUCCAAUAUAGAAGAUAUUCUACUUCCUCGACAGCAUUUAACUGUUAAAGAUCUUCUUAAGAAUUUAUCUGAAUCGCACCCACAGGCUGGUGGGUUCUAUUUCCAAGUCCAAUAUCAUGUAGAAGAAUGGGGAAAUGAUCUUGAAGUUCCUGACAGUUAUUUUCAGCAAUAUCUGAAAUCAACGAAACCAACAUCACAAUUUUUGAAAUAUAUUUAUAUACCUAGUAGAUCUCAGUCACCACCUGAUGACAGAUUCAAAAAUAUUUCACCUUUCCAUGAGCAGUAUGUAGAACCAUCACUAGCUACCAUACAUCACUAUGGAAAGUGCCCAGAAGGUUUGAAAGAUUGUUUUCCAGAAACAAUGGCGGACAAAACAGUGACUAAAUAUCAAAAAAUGUUGUUAAACAAUACUCGGACAGUUUUAUAA